CAGCGCUGAUUGUGCAGCUAUAAAUGUCCAGAGCUGGAGCUCCAGCAGAAGACAAGCAGGAUCUGUCCUCUCCUGUGAUCAGACCAGCAGAGCCUGCAGAUGACACAGCACCCAGUGCCUGGCAGAACCCUGUACACCCUGAGCACUGAGCCUACUACAGCCUGACAGCACCCACUGCCAACUGCACCUAGGACCUGACGGCACCCACUGCAAACUGCACCUAGGACCUGGCGGCACCCACUGCAAACUGUAUCCAGGACGUGUCGGCACCCACUGCAAACUGCACCCAGGACCUGACGGCACCCACUGCAAACUGUAUCCAGAACGUGUCGGCACCCACUGCAAACUGCACCCAGGACCUGACGGCACCCACUGCAAACUGCACCUAGAACCUGGCGGCACCCACUGCAAACUGUGUACGGGACGUGUCGGCACCCACUGCAAACUGUAUCCAGGACCUGGCAGCACCCACUGCAAACUGUAUCCAGGACCUGGCAGCACCCACUGCAAACUGUACCUAGGACCUGGCAGCACCCACUGCAAACUGUAUACAGGACCUGGCAGCACCCACUGCAAACUGUACCCAAGGACUGGCAGCAGCCAUCGCAAACUGCACCCAGGUUCUAGAAGCACCCAAUGCAAACUGUACCCAAGAGCUGACAGCACCAGGCAAGCCCAGGGCGCUAAAUCUUUUAUAGCUUCAUAGUAUAUGUAUAUAACCUAUGCCCAAGGCUUGGAAACACUCCACUAGCUCCAAGAAUUGACGUUCCUACAGGUUGACAUCGUCUAGGCAACCCUGCUAUAGCCUAAAAGAGCCUGCACCCAGCUCCCUCUGAGCAGAGCAUCUCCUACAGCUUGCCUGCUGAACCUGCAUCCAGAUCCUCCAGAGAACCCGGGACCUGGCAGCACCCACUUCUCCCUACAGCACCCACCUUAUUCUGGACACAAGAUUCCCCACACUUUGGAUCCUUGAAAGCUUAUGGCUGCAAUGAACUUUGUUCUUAACCCUUGCAGCUCUCUCCACACUGACCAAGGGCAGGACUGCACAGGUGAGGCCAGGUAAGAGGGUGGACUGUGUUACUCAGCACAUAAAGAAGGGCAGGGGAGCAGCAGGGAGAGCCUUGCAUGACUGGUCUGGGCAUCACAUCUGUAAGGAGUAUUGGCAUCAGGCACCAGGAUCCUGGAGCAGGAGGGCAUGGAGGCUAUAGAGAACCCCUAAGUGGAGCUCCUCACCCUGGCAUGGGUUAAAGUCACACACCCAGAAGUCUGCUGAACCCAGCGAAGAUCAAUUCAAUAUUUCAUGAUUAAUUUCGAGAAUUCGGUAGCUGAUAGGGGGGGCAUCUCUGCUAUGGAGUGCCUAGGAGACUGCUCCAACAGCACCAUGCAGAAUGAGACUGAUACAGACAUUGCUGGACCCCCUUACUCCCUCCAGGUCACCCUGGCUCUCAUCUCCCUGGUGGGCAUACUCAUGCUCUUCACUGUGUUUGGCAAUGUCCUGGUUGUCAUUGCUGUGUUCACUAGUAGAGCCCUCAAAGCACCCCAGAACUUGUUCCUGGUGUCCCUGGCAUCAGCUGACAUUCUUGUGGCUACCUUAGUCAUGCCAUUUUCCUUGGCCAACGAGGUGAUGGGCUACUGGUACUUUGGCAAGGUUUGGUGCGAGAUCUACCUUGCAUUAGAUGUCCUCUUCUGCACAUCAUCUAUAGUCCAUCUAUGUGCCAUCAGCCUGGACCGGUACUGGUCCAUCACACAAGCCAUUGAGUACAACCUGAAGAGAACCCCUCGUAGGAUCAAAUGUAUUAUCUUCAUCGUUUGGGUGAUCUCAGCUGUCAUAUCAUUCCCUCCACUCAUUACCAUUGAGAAAGAGAGUGGCAAGAUUGAGGAGCCCAAGUGUAAGAUCAAUGAAGAGAAAUGGUACAUCAUCUCUUCCUGCAUCGGUUCCUUCUUCGCCCCUUGUGUCAUUAUGAUCCUAGUCUACAUCAGGAUCUACCAGAUCGCCAAGAAGAGGACGAGGAUCCCCCCCAGCAAAAGGAACAAUGGUGAACCUGAAAAGAAGCAGAAUGGCUUUUCAGACAAGGACUUGCCAGUCAAGUUGAAUGGGGAGAAUGCUGGAGGCUCUGGAGAUGACCAGCACAGAGAAGCAGAGGCCAAUGGAGUGGACAUGGAGGACUCAUCAUCCUCAGAGCGUGGGGAAGAACACCAGUAUUCCACCAAGAAGAAGCAAGACAGGGCUCUGAGGAGCAAGGGCAAGACCAAGUUGAGCCAGAUCAAACCAGGGGAUAGCCUUCCAAGGAGAGAGGAGGAUAGUAGUGCCAAAUCCUCCCGGUGGAGAGGGAGGCAGAACAGGGAGAAGAGGUUCACCUUUGUCUUGGCUGUGGUCAUUGGGGUCUUUGUCGUGUGCUGGUUCCCCUUUUUCUUCACCUACUCCCUCAUUGCCAUCUGUAGCAAAAGCUGCAAUGUCCCUGACACUCUCUUCAAAUUUUUCUUCUGGUUUGGUUAUUGCAACAGUUCCCUGAACCCUGUCAUCUACACCAUCUUCAACCAUGACUUCAGGAGAGCCUUCAAGAAGAUCCUGUGUAAGGGGGACAGGAAAAGAAUUGUGUGAGACCCCUUGACCCUUCCCCUUCUUUGCAGUCUUUUUGUAUGGAUACCUAUGGUGGGAGGGGGACUUUACCAAACAGACCUGAAGAAGCCCCCAUCCCCUCCAACUGUCUCAUGCAGUAAAAACUGGAGCCCUCAGAGGGAGCAGCCUGUCUUCGUUUUGUAAGGCAUGCCGCUUUAAGUGAUGAUGAUGAUGAUGAUAUUAUUAUAAAUAUUUUAAUAUAUUUUAAUACUAAAAUGACCGCUCUGUAUGAUUAUUGAAGGCCCCUUAUCAUUUAUUUUUUAUGGGUUUGUUGCCCCCAUUGUUACAGUGUUGACUCUCAUCUUGUUACAUUGUAUAUUCUCAUUACAUUUUUUUAUGCCUUCAUUUUGCAGAAGGGCUGGUGUUAACUCUUUGUCUACCAAAUCUUCAAACAUUGGGUCUGUGCGUGUGUGUGUGUUCAGAAGUAUUUCAGCAGUGAACAGGUUAAUGUUGCUGUGCCCAGAGGUAGAUUGGGGUGUAAAAUAGGCGGCUCCGACAACUGCAACCCUCUUCUGCUAGGUAAACACACACUGCAGCCUCCUCCUCCUCUGUUCCUGUGCAUCUGGUUAUUUGGUGUCUGCACCAUUAUUAUCAUUUAAAACCUUAAUUUGUUGCAUAAUAGAUCUUCCCUGCUUGUUGUGCAGGAAAGGACAUCCAGGCUGCGAUUUAGGGACUAGACAGUCCUUCUGGACCAGGGAGGGGCUGCAGGGUAGAUGAUGAGCUCAGUGUACAAAUGACCAUAAAAGCUACUGAUGGAAACUCAAGUCCUUCUUCUCUCCAAUGGCCGUGGUGUAGUUGAAUGCAAUCUGUUGCUCUCUGUUCUCAGGUGACAUUUGUGCUCUUGUAGUCACACUGCUGCAUCUAUGAAACCUGGGGAUUCUUAGGUUCGGUGGCCCUUUAAGGGAGUAAUGACAUUACCGGGAGGGGCGAUGUUAUGGCGCAGCUAGAAUGUUUUUUUUAAUGCAUUCACAUGAUAGUCCCCGGUAUAUCCACUGGCUGUAUGUGUGAGAGGAGCAGGUAGUGUAUGAAGAGUGAAUGUACUGUGCAACCUGUGGCACUCCGCCUGUUUCGUUUAAAGCUACAACUCCCAUCAUGUUGUUUCCUGCAGGACAUACUGAGAUUUGUAGUUUUUGCUACAGCAGGUCACUAAUCUGAAGGAUCAAGGGACCUGAAGAUGCCAAAUUAAUCUUAUCGCCUAGUAUUUGUACCAGGGUAUGGGUAAAAAGUGCUCUCCAACCUUAGUUCUCGUGAUUUCUCCUAAACUACAGCCCCUAAUAUGCACUGAGUUAUGAUUUGACUUUGGAGUCUACUUCAUAGGGGGUGCAGAUGUUGGAGUUGCCCUUAAAGGGAACCUGUCACCAGCGACCCUCCUGUCCAGCUGUGGACACAUAGCUCUGGUUCCCCUGAUGAAAACUCUUGCUUUUCUUUUGUUGAUCCGAAGCUCCGUUCCUGAGUCAUGGUACUCCGCUCCUUUCAGUGGCCGGCCCCUCCCUCACCGUUUUGAUUCAUAGGGCCAGGCAAUGACAAAGUAGCAAGUGAGGGUCUGGCCACAGAAAGGAGUGGAGCAUGGGUGCAGCAAGAGCAAGAGUGACGCCCUCAUUGCACAAAAGGUCUAAUUUGAAUAUUAAGAAAAAUUAUCAUAAAUCGGGAACAGAUCCUCGGAUCAACAAAAGGAAAACAGCAUUUUAAUAGGGUGAAGCACAGCUAUGUCUCCAUGCAAACAGCAGGACAGGGAGGUCACUGGUGACAGAUUCCCUUUAAGUCCUUUCUCCUAAAGGACCCUAAGAUACAGAUUUUCAGUCUGAGUCCCAGGAGCUCCAAGCUACACCUUUGUAUCCUAUUAAUGCCAUCCUUACAGAGCAGCCAUCAGAAAGUACAUUUUGCCAAAUAUUUAUAACUUCAGAGAUUAAUGUAAAUACAUCGCCUUUAUAACUUAUCCUGAGUGACAUGUUGUAUUAUACUUCAGAGCUGCACUCACUAUUCUGCUGGUGGAGUCACUGUGUACAUACAUUACUUAUCCUGUACUGAUCCUGAGUUACAUCC